UUUCGUUAUUGUUCCGUGUUUCGUUUCGCUUUUGUUAGAUUAUUUUAAUAAUGUCUAACAAUGUCAUCAGUAACGGUAGAAUUCGGCAACAGACGGCCGUGCAGCAACGAUUGUCGAAUGACAAGGGAAAAAAAGCUCCGGAAAUACCGGCGAUAGAGAAUAACAAUUGGUUGCUGCAUCGGCAUUACACGCGACACGAGUACAAGACGUGUAAAAUUUUGAUCGACCAGGAAUUGAAACGAUCGAACGGGCACAACGAAUACGCGAAUUAUUUAAUAGGCUUGAUACUGAGGAGGGAGGGGAAGAUUCAGGAUUCAUUAAAUUAUUUCCAAAUCGCCUAUAACAUCAACUCGACAAACGUUAACAACGUGAAGCAAAUAGCCAAAUCCUUCAUGAUAAUGGGAAGCCACAAACGUGCUGUCGAUGCGUACCUGGAAGCCGAGAAGCUAUCGAAUGUACCGGACUGGGAAAUUUAUCUGAACCUCGGUGAAUGUUGUUUGAAACUGAAUCAGUUGUACGAAGCGAAGAUGCAUUUAAGGAAGUCGAUCGAGUUGACGAAAAACGAAUUUCCGUACAUCGUCCUCGCGAAAGUUUGUCUCCUCGAGGAUCACGUUGCAGAAGCCCAGAACGCUUACACGGCAGCUCUUAGCGGAAACCCUGAGAGUCUGGAAGCCGCAACGGAAUUGGGACUCCUUUAUCUUAAAACUGGUGAUGUUCAACAAGCGUUUCAACAAUUCGGGACCGUGCUAGCUCAUUAUCCAAAUUGCACGGAGGCAAUUCUACCGAUAGCUUAUAUAAUUCAGAAUCACCAAGAGUACGACGUGGCACUGUCGAAAUACAAGGUAGCCGCGCAAUCGAUACCGGAAUCGUACGCCUUGUGGAACAACGUGGGAAUGUGUUUUUACGGGAAGCAGAAAUUUGUAGCCGCAAUUAGCUGUUUGAAGAGAGCGCACUAUCUAAAUCCGAUGGCAUUUCUGCCCGCCUACAAUUUAGGCAUGGUCUUUCUCAGCACCGGGCAGCCAGCCUCGGCCGCAAUUUAUUUGUGCGCCGCGGUCAGCGCUGACCCGAAAAACUUCAUGCCGUAUCUGCUGCUCGGUCUCGCUCUGAAGCGUUUGGACGACCUGGUAGGUGCGGAAAAGGUGUUGCAAAAGGCUCACGCCCUCGCCCCGCAAGAUCCGUUGGUAUUAAUUAAUUAUGCCGUUGUGCUAGAAGCUGUCGGCGAUGGGAACUCGGCGGCUGAAUUUUUAACGGCGUUAAACGAUAUCGCAGCCGUGAUCGAUGUGGAUGUCCAGAUAACGCAGAUGGCGAAGAAACUGUCGGUGAAACUCGAACAGGACAAGGCAGCUGGAAAACCGGAAGGGGAAACUAGGAUAUUGAGCUCGGACGAAGUUUGAAAUUUAGUUUGAAAAAUAAAGGAUUUUGUUGUUUCUGCGAGUGUGUAUUGAAUUGGGGAUAAUAAAGGAGUGUGACGACGUUCUCAUCAAUUUAUAAUACUCGCGACAUUCUUCCUGAA